GAUUUCGUCAACUCUGAGUCAACUAACUUCCUUUUGCCAUUCACAUGAGGAAAGUAUUUAACCGAGGGAUAUCCUUAUAGGUGUCAAUAAACGAAGAUUAUGACAGUGUAAACGAUAAGAACUGAGAUUAAUCAUAGAACUGUGUGCACGUAUUACUGACAAUACUGUGGCCUGAGCGGUUCAAGGAUAGAGAACAUGGGUCCCAAUAAAACCAAUGACAAUAUACAUUUAUCAGCAGUUGAAGUUUAGGUUGUUUCUAACUUGUUUAAGAAUAAACUCAUGGCAUUAGAUAAAGGUUAGUAAAUAAAACGUUAAUAUAAUAAGCGUAAUAAUUUUAGUAGAAUAGAUGCUUGUAGUUUUGGAGUUUAUAUAGCAUGAAUGAUUUGUAAAUCAAUGUAUUCAAGAUUUGCAUAUAUGCAAAAAUAUUAUGAAAACGACCAUUCUGGAUUUGUUGUACCAUGAGGUUUCCAGCAAACCCUAGUUCUGGAGAUGCCCAUUUUAAUGUGCUGUUAAUACCGGAGCCCCCCAAUUUCAUCUCUCAAGUGGCACAUACCUACCCUAUUUUGUAGGGAGUGCCCCCCGGGGCUAGUUGUACUUCUAUGAAUAGGUUUGCUAACGUAUUGUUAGGCACUCAUGUAUAGCUAUGUGUAGGUGAUGUAGGAGUUACAGUACUUCAUGCCUGGCCUGCUAUUAGAUUGGGGUUAUGGCUGUUGUAUUAGGGGCAGAUACCGAAUUAGCUAUAUUCGCAUGCCCUAGAGAAGAUGACGAGUCCGGGGAAGAUGAUGAAUACCUCAUACCAUCAGAAGCGGCAAAACUUUUGUCAGUAGAUGACUCUGUACCAGAGGAAAAGCUUCCUUAUCCCAAGUGCGUGUUCUUCAUUUUGGGCAAUGAGUUUUGUGAGCGGUUCAGCUACUAUGGAAUGCGAGCUGUGCUGGUGCUGUUCCUCAAGAAUGUCCUCCUUUUCACCGAUAACUCGGCCACCGCAAUCUACCAUGCAUUCGCUAUGCUCUGCUACUUCACGCCGCUUUUCGGCGCGCCUCUUGCCGAUGGUUUCCUUGGGAAAUUUUGGACAAUAUUUUACUUGUCGAUAGUCUACAUAAUAGGAUUGAUUCUAUUGGCUGUUACUUCCAUUCCUCCAGUGAACAAUGGCAAUGCUGUGGGUCCGCUCCUUGGUCUGCUACUCAUCGGUAUCGGAACAGGAGGCAUCAAGCCAUGCGUGUCCUCAUUCGGUGGCGACCAGUUCUCCAAGGGGCAGGAGCAGGAGCUGAAGAGUUUCUUCUCCGUAUUCUACAUGUCCAUCAAUCUAGGCAGCUUGGCUUCCACCUACUUAACACCAUACUUCAGAAGUGAAGUCGAAUGUUUUGAUGAAGACUGCUAUCCACUUGCAUUCGGUGUUCCAGCUGGACUGCUCAUCAUUGCUCUCGUUAUGUUUGUUAUUGGUAAGCCUUUCUACAAAAUACAGCAACCAGUAGGCGAGAAUGUCGUUGUCAGCUUCGUUAAGUGUGUCUUCUACGCUCUUCGCCGCAGGAUUCAGAAUUGCUGUUCCAGCGUACAUGAGCAUUGGUUAGAUUAUGCUGAGGAAAAGUAUGAUAGCAAGUUGGUGGCUGAUGUUAAGUCUGUCUUACGUGUGCUGGUCAUGUUCUUGCCCCUGCCUGUGUUUUGGGCUCUGUUUGACCAGCAGGGAUCUCGCUGGGUAUUGCAAGCAGAAAAGAUGAAUGGUGAACUUGGAGGAACAUUUUCCAUCAAACCGGAUCAGAUGCAGCUCCUCAACCCUCUUCUGAUUGUCACACUGAUACCACUUUUUGAAGGAGUGUUGUGGCCGUGCUUCAGAUGCCUGCACAUUCCUGCUAGGCCACUACAGAGAAUGGCAGCUGGCAUGCUGUUCGCUUCGGGUGCAUUCGUUAUUGCUGCAUUUGUGCAAUUGGAAGUGGAAAAAGGAGUCCUGAUUGUUCCUGAUAACCAAGUGAGAUAUCAAAUCAUGAAUGCACUGCCGUGUGAUGUGAACGUAACAUUACCAGAUGGCCUCUCUGUUUUGAAUUCUGGAAAUGUGAUGGUAUAUGAAAGAAACCCAAACAACGCAUUCAACAUGACAAUAGACUGUGAUGAUACUAACGUGUGCAGCUCUUAUUGCAAGGAAACAAGCUACACUGUGGAGGGUAGCUCAGGUGGUGUAGGGUACUCCCUCAUUGCUGCUGAAUAUGACAUGGCUACGAAGGGACUUCAAGUUUUACAAUACAAAGACAACUUGGCGAAGACAAGCAAUGGAGAUAUGUCUUUCAGAGCUGUGAGCUUACUUUACACUAAACAGGAUAUUGUGUUCUGGAGUGCCAACACUUAUAAAAACAAGUGGUUCCGUGACAUGACUUACGGCAACAUCAGUGAACUGGCAGUGAACUAUGAUACAGGCCCGUACGACGUGAGUAUUCAUGCCCCUGAUGCUGAGAAUGACGAAGGAUUUCAAUUUGUCAAGAACAUAAACACAGACCCUGGCGCCACCUACACCUAUGUGCUGAGGAGUGAUAUUGGGAAUUCUGACCCUGCAGAGGUGAAGGUUUUGGAGUUUGUGGUUGUGCCAGCAAACAACAUGUCAAUAUUAUGGCAGAUACCCCAGUUCGUUGUGAUGACCACAGGCGAGGUCAUCUUCUCUGUCACUGGACUGGAAUUUGCAUAUUCACAGGCACCACCAUCCAUGAAAGCCCUAAUGCAGGCUGGCUGGCUACUUACAGUCGCAGUUGGCAACCUCAUUGUGAUGAUAGUUGCUGAAGUUGCUUUUAUGCCAGAUCAGUUUUCAGAGUUCUUGUUGUUUGCUGGCCUUAUGCUGGGAGUUGACAUCAUCUUCGCAAUCAUGGCAGUAUUCUACACCUAUGUAGAUUAUGAAUCGCAUGAUCCAGAUGCAGUCGAGGAGGAUGACCCCCCACCUUACAGCAAAGGUGACCCAAGUUACAAUAAUGAUGCUGAUGGCCAUCCAAUACCCUUGCGCUCACAGACAACUUGGACUGACUUUGGCCAGCGUGGAGAGGACAAUGACAAUAAAACCACCAUAGACCGUGAAAAUGGUGGUGUCAGCACAAAAAUGUAGAACUUGAGAUAACAUAUAUUGAAAUGGUGCUUCAUUGUACUGCAUAUGGAAUUUCAUUCAAAACUUCAUUCAUAACUAUAACAUUGUUUUGAUGGUCAAAUAUAUUUCAUUUGAAAUGAGAUACCACUCUUGAAUAGUAUCAGUAGUAGUAGCAAUAGCAUUGAAUAGUAGCAAGUCUAUAAUAAUGAUCAAUUAUAAUCUUGUCUGAUGUUAUUUGGAAAAAGUGUGUUACUGUCCUUUGCCAGCUGAGAAUAAUCUGUUAGUCUUCCAGUAUAAUUUGCUUAUUGCUAUUAUGCUUGUACAAAUCCAUGUGCGCACUUCAGUGUAAAAUUGUAGUUGUUCUAAUUUGUCAGGUUGAUUUGGUUACAAAUAACGUAAAUAAAUGACUGCGCUUAAAUUUUCCAAGAAACAGGAUUUGGCAUUUACAGAUGCUGCAAGUAUGUAAACUCUUGAACAGAGAAUACAUGUAAAAACUAUUGGUUGAUAUGUGCUAAAUAUAGCCGCAUAUUUUGUACUCUGCCCAUUAAAACAGCUUACGCAACACUGUCAAUCAUUAUUGAAUGGUGUUCUGGGCCAAACUGAGGGUCUGACAGCAGCUAAAUGCCAGGUCGUAACUGUCCCUGUAAUAGUAACUUGCUGUGCUAGCAUGAGGUUGCCCCAUGCAGUGAGCGAUUUUUGUUCAUAUUAACAGUAUUUGUAUAACUUGCAAAAAGUUAGGCGAUUUCAGAAUAUAAUAACUUUUAUGUUUAUCUUAAAAAUAUAAAAAUUAUAUUAGAAACACUUGUUUAAUCAUGAUCGAUCUUAGUCUUAUGGAGCUUGUGGCUGUAUAUAUACAUCCAAUAUAUGUAUAGUUAAACAGGCGUGCUAAUUUGAAUUGCUAAUAUGUGCUAAUAAACUCAUAAUUUAUUGUUUGAUUUAUACAAAA